AUGAAGCGCAUCCUAUUCCUGGCCACCGUCCCACUCGAUAUCAUCGAGGAAUAUGUUUCCAUCGACGACUGGUCGAACGCGAUGCUGCCUGCGCGUCUCAAAGAGCUGGGCGCGUCCGUGACCAUCAAACGCUGGCUCGACGAAGACAUCAUUGACGCGAUUCUGAAUCACGACGUGGUGAAUUUCCUCUGGGCCGAAGACUACAUCCGCCACCCAUACGAAUUCGCGCAGUUCCUCGACAAGGCCGAGCAAGCAAUAACGGAAGCUGCGGGUCAUAAUGCCAAAGUUCCACGCGCGCUAAACAACAUCCCGCUAGUCCGGUGGAACAUGGACAAGAAAUAUCUUCUCGACAUGCAAAAGGCCGGCUUCGACAUCCCUAUGACGGAGAUCGUCGACGCGGAGAAAUUCCCUACGGCGACGGCGCUACGUGAACGUCUCCUGCGUUUUCAAGCGUCUGGGUCUAUUGUGCUCAAGCCGUCUAUUUCGGCCUCUUCGACAAACACUCAUCUCGUUGCUGAUGUGGCAUCAUUAUCCGCGGAGGAUAUGGCGUACCUGGAUGGUUGCACAAAGGGACGUCUUGAAAGUUUGUUGCUAGUUCAACGGUUUGAGCCUGCGAUUGCGACGGGCGAGUACUCGUUUGUCUUUAUUGGCGACAAGCUCUGUAAUGUCGCGUUGAAGAUACCGAAAGACGGCGAGUUCCGGUGCCAAUCGUCAUUUGGUGGACGCAUCAGCCAGGUGGCUAUUGAGGAAAUUGGCUCCGAAACUUUGAGUGUUGUCAACGCAGUCUUUGAGACACUCAGGAAGUGGUUUGGCGAGGGGCCAGCAGCAGACAUUGCAUACAUGCGCAUCGAUGGACUGGUGAGUACUGAUCGGCCGUUUGUGUUGAUGGAGAUUGAGGCGAUUGAGCCGGAGUUAGGCCUUGAGAUGGGGGGUUUGGAGGAGAUGCUUUCUAUUUUGAUAGAUAAAUGA